AUGCCCCAAAGAAAACUGUCCCUUUGGGACAUGUUGAAAUACGAAGCCAAACAAUUCUGCUUGAACACCGCUUUGCACGGAUACAGAUUCAUCGUCCUACCCAAACGAAUCCUUCUCGAACGGGUUUUCUGGGUGAUCGUGGUGUUAAUCUCGCUUUCAUCAGCCCUUGCGCUUCUCUUCAUCGCGUGGUUCAGCUUCCAAGACAACCCGACUAUUUUGGUCACAGAUUCCACCCACUAUCCCAUUUGGAACUACCCGUUCCCGGCUGUGACGAUCUGCAGCUUCAAUAAGCUAUCGAAGAAAAGAACUCUGGCUUUAGCUAAAGAACUGGACAACCCCUACGGUAUAUCAGCUGAAGAUCUAGCCCUAGAUCUUCGCCUUCUCUUUCAACUGAUCUUCAACAACAACGAAAACAUCCCGCUGCGGAACUACACCCGUCUGCAGGAUAUUCUGGACAUGAACGACCUCUCCAUCGAGAAGGUUAUGGAUAAAAUAGCCCCGAAAUGCAGCGAUUUGUUGCAGCGGUGCAAGUGGAAAGGGGAGGAAAAGCGGUGUGAAAGCAUCUUCGAAACGAUUAAAACUACAGAGGGGUAUUGUUGCACUUUCAACUACUACGCUUUAAAGAAUCACACUUUUGGAGGUGCUUUAGCCAACAAAAUUCCGAGCUUUCCUAGAAGAGUGUCUGCUUGUGGAUAUCUGACGGCGUUGGAAGUACUAGUAGACAGUAACCCUUCUGAUUAUUUCGGUACGCAAAUUGCCGCAAUCGGGCACAGGGUACUCAUCCACAAUUCGUACUAUUUUCCGGACUGGAGCGCCCAGAAUAUGUUAACGGAAAAAGGGAUUAUGAACCUGAUUGGAAUCACUCCUUCCGUCACCUACUCCACCCCAAGUAUUAGGUCUCUCUACGUUUCUAAGCGGAAUUGUCUUUUCCACAACGAAUCCCAGCUUCACAACUUUUACCACUACAACUACCAUAACUGCUUAACUGAAUGUCGCAUGAAUAUUAGUAAGCACUUGUGUGGGUGUAUCCCGUUUUAUUACUACCACGAAACGGGAACUUACCCCAAAACGCGCAUUUGUAACCUGAGGGAUAUCCACUGUCUGACGGAGCACAGACCUUUAAUAAUGAAUUCGGUGCCCGGGUUUGACUUUAGUACCAUUUCUCCAAACCACGAAUGGGGCACGGAACAACACGUGUGUAAAAUGUGCUUGCCUGACUGCGACUACGUUGACUACUCGGCGGAAUCGUCGUCUGGAAUAUUCACAAGGAAGUACUCAAGUAAUCAGUUGAAUUUAUUCGGAGGGGUUGUCAUUCAGCACCAAAGCGUCGUGAGAGUGUAUUUCAACGAUUUAGUGGCGACCAAAAAUCGACGGGAUGUUGUCUUCAGCUGGCAUACUUUACUGGCCUUUUAUGGGGGUCUGUUAGGACUCUUUAUCGGAUUCAGCUUCGUUUCUGCUGUCGAACUGGUCUACUUCUUCACAAUUCGCCUCCUCCUGGACAUAAAACACAAAAACGAAGCCGCCCAGACUAAAAAAGCCACACAUUUAGUCAACGUGAAGCCACACCAGGAAGAAAUUCUUAAUCCGAGACACCUCAUGACUUAUCAUCGUGAUAAAUUUAAUCUGAGGCGUCGAAGCAAUUCCAAUUCUUAA